AUGGUUGAUAGGUUCGCAAGUGGCGUGCCGGGCGUACUUAGGAUUUUUUUACUGUAUGAAGAAAAUGGCUGUCGGCCUGGGGGACGAUCCAGUACUUUUCCACUGGAUCAUGGUAAUUCCUCCCUCCCGCUGCUCACCGCUGCACGACUCGUUGCUCGGUUCUGCUUGGGUGACGACGAUCUUCCCCAUGUUGCGAGACUUUUGGACGCCUUUUUGGACCCUUUCUCGUCGAAAUGGACGCUGGCACGCAGCUACAAGCGCACGGGCAGUCUGAGGCUGAUGCGGUACAUCGCUGCGCGGCAACCGGCCGAGACGAUCGACCCGUUCUACCGCCGCUGGAUGCUCAAUGCUACGUCGUGGUUCGUUGCUGGUAGAGGGGAUCUACCGGCACUUCGGUGGUUGGUGGAGAGCUGCCUCCCUGACGACCGGCUGAGUGCGGCGGUGUACGCAGCGGCGGCGAAUGGGCACGUGGAGAUCCUCCAGUGGCUGCACACGUUCCAUCGCGAGCGGAUCUACUGGAACUGCAUCGAGAUGUGCGGGGCGCUGGACUACGGACAUGCGGAGGUGGUCAAGUGGCUGCAGAAGCACUCGCCGCCUCGUCCGGAGUGUCUGAAGCUGGUGAUGCAGUCCGCGGCCAAGACGGGGAAUCUAUCGGCCGUGCGUUGGUUGGUUAAUGAAUGCCAUGCACGAGCGGAGGACGCGCUGGUGCUCGCCCAGAAGGAGGGGCAUUGGGAGACUGCGUGGUGGAUCCUUGUGAAUUGCGAGCUCGCAGUGCGUCACAUCAAGUGGGACGGAGCUGCUGCCAAUGGCGCGCUGUCCUUCUUGAAGUACGCGUACUCCCAGGGUCUAGGAGAGCCGCGACCGUCAACACUCGUGGCUGCAGCUGCAAAUGGGCACUUGGAUGUUGUGAAGUGGCUUCACGAUGAGGUGCAUCUUCCUUUGACACUGGGGGCUAUGAGACGAGCAGCCGAAAACGGACAUCUAGACACUGUGAAGUGGCUCCACGACUUGAACUGCGAGCGAGGUGACGUCUGGACGAUGGACAGUGCCGCUAAGAACGGUCAUCUCGAUGUGGCCAUGUCUUGGGCUGCUGGCCACGGUCAUCUCGACGUCGUGCAGUGGCUCCACGAGCAUCGAAGUGAAGGGUGCACAGAGCUGGCGAUGGACAUGGCUGCUGAAAACGGACACCUCGAAGUCGUUCAGUGGCUCCACGAUCAGCGCAGUGAAGGGUGCACGUCCAAGGCCAUGGAUGGCGCUGCUCGUGAAGGUCACUUGGAAAUUGUGAAAUGGCUACACUCUCAUCGCGUAGAAGGCUGCACAACGAUCGCGAUGGAUGCUGCAGCGAGGGCUGGCCAUCUGGACGUCGUGAAAUGGCUCGAUGCGAACAGACAGGAAGGGUGCACCGCGUGGGCUAUGGAUUUUGCUGCCACUCACGGCCAUUUAGACGUUGUGCAGUGGCUGGAUGCGAAUCGAACCGAAGUUUGCACGGCUGAAGCCAUGACUGCUGCUGCAGCCAGGGGUCACAUGGACGUGGUGAAGUGGCUACACGCAAAUCGAGACGAAGGGUGCGACCCAGCUACUCUGUCGAAGGUGGCGGUCUCUGGUAACCUGGAAGCAGUCAUUUGGCUGUACGAGAAUCGAAGUGAAGUCGACCCCCACCUCGCCAUAAUGAAGGCCAUCCAGCACGGCCGAUUUGAUGCUGUGAAGUUCUUGCACUCGAAAGGAGUCGAGGUCCCCGUGUUUGAGGCAAACACCAUGUUCAACCGCACCAGUCGGGAACUCAGCCAGUGGCUAUUUACUAAUUAUCCGGACAGGUUCGUCGGCUGCAGCUUACAAGUCCCCACGUGGGACUAUCGAUUCAACGAUUGGUGUCGAGAGUCUUCCCUGCAGCGCAUUAGACGUGACGAGGAUGUUACAAUAUGGCUACACGAUUCAAGUGUAGCUAUGAAGCAGUAG